CUUUGAGGUCAAGAAUUUGAUACUAAAUUGAGUUUCACAUAUGACCUUGAUAACCAUUUCCGAUUAUGGGAACAACAGAUGACCGUAGAUUUUCUGACCGUGGAUUUAGAAAACCAGAAUUCGUGGAACUUGAUGAGUAUUCUGACUUUGUCCAAGCAUACGAGUCAGUUUUGCAGCGGCGACUUACGCGUUGGGAACAGUAUUUUUCCGCUCUACCAUCAAAAAAGAGCUCCAAAUUGAAAAGAUUUUGUCGUAAAGGAGUACCGGAUCAUAUUAGAGCGACAGUAUGGAUGCAUCUUUCGGGAGCUCAGGAACGAAUGGAAGCUAAUCCAAAUGCAUAUAGUAUUGCAGUUACUCAGAAACCACCAAAUAACAUUAUGAAUGUAAUCUUGGCAGAUGUUCCACGUACAUUUCCUGAGAAUAUUCAUUUCCAAGAUACUGAUGGUCCAAACAGUAAACUAGUAUCAUUGGAAAGAGUUUUAUCAGCGUUCGCAGUUCACUGUCCUAAUAUUGGUUAUUGUCAGGGUAUGAAUUACAUAGCUGCAGUACUUCUACUGGUUCUUGAUUGUCCUGCAGAUGAAGCUGAAGUCAAAGCAUUUUGGUUAUUGGAUGCAUUGGUUAAUCAUAUUCUACCAAAGUAUUAUUCAUCUGAUAUGUUGGCUGUACGUGUCGACUGUAUGGUGCUCAAUGAAUUAUUAAGAGAGAAAAUUCCCAUGGUGCAUAAAGUCAUCAUGAAUUCAGGUAUCAGUUGUACAUUGUUGGCUACAAAAUGGUUUAUCUGCCUAUUCGCUGAUGUUCUACCAAUUGAAACAACUAUUCGCAUUUUCGAUUGUCUCUUCUAUGAAGGUGACAAGGUGCUAUUUCGUGUCUGCCUUUCAUUGGUUAGAUUACACUACAAGGAUUUAAUCCAAUGCAAAGAAUUCCCUGUUCUCAUUACAGCUUUUCGUAAUAUGUGCAAAGAUAAGCAGACACUGUAUUGUCAUCAAUUUUUAGAAUCAAUGUUUCGAUCACAUGGUACCCUUUCAAGAUCUUUGAUUACAAAACUUCGUGAUAAAUUCACCCAACAGUUAGAAAAUGGUUUCGACGGAUAAUGAAUGACGAUGGUCGUGAUGAUGAUGAUGACAAUUAUUUCUCUCUUUCUCUCUCUCCCUCUCCCUCUCUCUUCUCAACCAUGACAAUAACCUCACGCAUGCUCUUCGUCACUGUGUUUGUCAAUCAUGGCUGCUGAAUAAUAUUAAAUAAUAUUUUAAAAAACAAGCUAUUUUCAACUUUUGUGUUUCAAUUUUUUAAAAUUAUUUUAAUUUUACCGCUUUAAUUUUACUUCCGUUUAUUGUUUCAUUUAAACAAACUGAUGCCUACCCCCUUAACUCACAAGAAAAGAACAUAUGUAUUUUAUAAUGCAGUUUAUAUUUCUCUGCUCAUCACUACUUCCGUCCAUCAAUUAUUCAUCACUCACAGUCGGCUAUUAAUUUAUUGAAUUUUUAGUUGGUUUGGGGGGGGCCUUUUGACCCUCACUCGGGUAUGCUGAUAGUCAAGAUUUCUAGUUUAUAUGUACAGAAAGUGUGAUUACUCCGAUGACAAUUGUCACGAUUAUUAUUAUUAUUAUCAUCAAUUUCGUAAUUUCGAGUAACUGAGAUCUUCAAAUGUAUAAAAAAAAGUAACUUGGAAUAUACACACAAUAACAAAAAAUGUAUGUAUAUACAAUGUUUUACUUGCUCACUUCUUCAAUUUAUAUGACUAUGUUGUUUAAAUUGUUCAAGUGAAGUUUCCGGAGCGGUUUUCGCUGUUGGUUGCCAUGGUAACGGUGGCGGAUAGUUUAGCUAGACGCUCUAUAUAUAUUUAUGCAUAUUUUCUCUGGCUGAUUCAUGAUGUCUUUCAAAAACAAUUAUACAGUUACAAAAAACAACUUUUGCUUUGCCUUUCCUUCUUUCGUAUUUCACAUAAAAUGUGUUUCAGCACUGAGUUGUGUUGUACUCAGAUUGCUUUGUCCCUCUUUCUCACAUCUCUGUUCCUCUUCAUCCUUCACUUACCCGCCCCCUUGCUGCCUAUUUUAUCUUUCUACCAUGCAUAAAUAUUUAUUACAAUUGACAUCACGAACCGAAUCCAUCAGUUUGGUGAGGCAUCGGACACCAAGGAGUAUUGGCCAGUUGCUUCGUUCAACCGCUUACUAACUGUCUAGUUGCACUCCUCGGUUUCCAGUCAUUCUCCAAACUGAUAUAUCAGUUCGUGAUGUAUUCAACAGUGAAGUAUUAUUUAUCACGCCUUCAAAAUAUCCCAAAUCCUGAAUUAUUGAUUUGUUCUCUUCUGUUUCUGUUGUUGUGAUUUCUAAUCCCUUGAUCUAAUUGAUCAUGUGCCUUCCUCUAUUACUGCUAUUACUAUUAUUACUAUUAUUAAUAUUAUUACUGUUAUUGUUAUCAAUAAUAUUGUUACUAUGGUUUGUCAGAUAUUUUCAUAUAACUUAAUUAUCACUCAAUUACUCAAUAAAUGCAUACUAAAAUAAACUAAAAACGAAGAAGAACUAUUAUACUGCCGU